AAGGUACUGGAUCCUUGUGAUCAGAUGUGUCAUCAACUGUAUAUAAGAGCUGGUGUUUCUCUGGUUCAGGACGACUGAAGCUACAGACGCUGAGAAGGAAGAAGAGAAGAUCGUUCUGCAGCAGGUAAUCAUCAUCUUCAACAUCUGCAUCAUCUCCACCAUGAAGACGCUGACUCUGUCUGCACUUCUUUGUGCCAUGAUGGCUCUGACCAGAGCUGCUGCUCUUCCAGACGCAGAGGAUGGACGAGAGAGUCGUGUUGUCAAGAGGUCCACAUUAUGUCCUAUUGGUUGGACUGCUUUCAACAGUCACUGUUUCCUCUACGUUCCACGAUCCAUGAGUUGGGCUGUGGCUGAGAGAAACUGUAUGUCCAUGGGUGGACACCUUGCAUCUGUACACAACAUCCAGGAGUACCAUCAGAUUCAGACGAUUAUCUUGAGGGCCUCUCAUAAUCAAAGAGGAACAUGGAUUGGAGGCUAUAAUGCAGAACAGGACCAACAUUGGUUCUGGAGUGACGGUACGUCUUUUCUCUUUACUCACUGCUGUCCCGGAGAGCCUAGAAACGGUAAAGGUCGUCAGCAAUGUCUUCAAAUGAAUUAUUCAGAAAUGCUGGGAUGACAGCGGUUGUGAUGAUCAGCUCCCAUCUGUCUGCCAGAGAGAGAGGCUGAAAAAAAGUUCCUG